GAUAUGGUCACCUGGCAAACAAAACAAAAUGGCGUCCUCCUGGGUUCAAAGUGUGCUUGGCAAGAACAUGGAGUGGUAUGCAGCAGCCGGGGCUGUGGCAAUAUCAUACGUAGCCUUCAAACUAGCGUAUUCCAUUUUAUCAGGAUUGAAAUGUUUUGUUCUGGCCAAACCACUCGGACUUAGCGUGGACUUAAAGAAGACAGGGGCGUGGGCAGUUGUAACUGGCUGUACCGAUGGUAUAGGAAAAGCCUACACAGAGCAGUUGGCUCAGAAGGGGAUGGACAUUGUUUUAAUCAGUAGAACUGAAUCAAAGCUACUUACAUUGGCCGGUGAUAUUGAAUCCAGGUUCGGAGUGAAGACUAAGAUUAUAGUGGCCGACUUCUCCCAGGGAGCGACCAUCUAUCCAGGCAUUCGUAAAGGACUAGAGGGAAUAGACAUCGGAGUGCUGAUUAACAAUGUGGGCCUUGGUUAUGAGUUCCCUGCAUACCUACACGAGGUUCCCGACAGAGACCAGAAAUUCAUUGACUUGAUAGAAGUGAAUAUUACCUCAGUGACCAUGAUGACUAGUAUUGUGAUGCCACAAAUGGUUGCUAAGAAGAAGGGAGUUAUUGUCAAUUUGUCGUCUGCUUCAGGGAUGAAACCCACACCCCUACUGGGUGUGUACGCAGCGGCCAAGGCCUAUGUUGAUUACUUCUCUGUGUGUAUGCAGAAGGAAUAUGAAUCAAAAGGCAUUAUUGUCCAGUCAGUGAUGCCAAACUUUGUGACCACCAAGAUGAGUAAGAUAAGGAAGGCGAGUCUGAUGGUUCCUAACCCCGACACGUUUGUUAGUUCAGCCCUGAGUCUCAUUGGAGUGUCAAACCGUACCAACGGGUAUUGGAGCCACAACCUCCUGGGGUACUUAACCAAUUCCUUACCAUUGUGGUUUACUUCAAUGGUGUCCUUCAAGAUCUUGAACACAGCCAGAGUCCGAGCCUUCAAGAAGCUUGCUCAGCAGAAGAAGGAAUAGAGUCUUCAAAUAUGUUUAACCAAUUAAGCACAACUUCCAGUUGGCUAUUUGAUUAUCUUCUGUCGUUUAAUUUUUGUGAAUGAAAACUUGUAAUCAGAGAUUUGACUCGGUGAAUUUUCUUCUUCAUACAUGUAUGUCACCAUGACAUUUAGUACUAUUAACAUCAAAGUUUGGACUACCAGUUCAUAUUUAUUAAACCAUAUUCAAUCAGUGUUGUAUUUGCAAAGGAUCAAACUGUUAACAUGUUAUUAUAUUUGUAAACAUCACCUGUACUUGCACAUUUGGUGCUGAUCGUAUCACUUACCGUUGCAACAUAAAAAUGUCUGUCUUUUUCAGCAUGUAACUUUAACUUUGUGUUUGUCCAACCUGUAACAUUAACCCUCAGGGUUAAAGGUCAUUUAUUUAUUCCAGAAUGGAUAAAAAGAACUAAGUGUAACUAAAGAUAUUUACAUUCCCACCGUACAGCCUCUUAAUGAACCUACCAAGUAAUGAUCACAGUUAUUUUUAGGAGAAUGUUUUCCAUUUUGAAACUGUUCAGGUCUAUCUCUCAUACUUUUGCAGUGUUUGAAUAAUAAGGGACAAAUCAUGCUGUGACAUGAAGCUGAAACUUUGAUACGCAUUCCUCAGUGGUUUCUGAUAGACAUUUGUACGAAUAGUAAACUAACCAUACCCUCUCAACUUAAACAUGAAGGGGGAUAACUCUUACAAGUAAAUUACGCUUAUUUGUGGGAAGCAAAUCAAGUGCUAUAAAAACACACAGAAUAAGUGAAUUUAAAUCAAUAAACUCAACUUAUCAGUUACAGACAUUGGAUGGAAGUUUAUUUUGAACGUGUUAGUUUUUGAUACUUUUGUAUUAAUGUUUGAAAUUUUGACAAAGGUGGUGGAUGAUUUUCUCCACACUUCACAAAUCUAUUUCGGUUUUUGCUAGGGAAAAUAUUCACCUGUUUUUACCUACAUGGGGGAAAAAACAGCUUACACAUGCAAUUAUUCUGAAAAUGUCACAAUCAUAUCAUUACUUUGUGUAGUGUAACUAGGGUAAAUUAUGUUACAAUUUCAUUUGUCCUAGAUGAUGGCAGAUAACUUUUGUGGGAGGAAAGUGUGUGAGAAAAAUAAUCAAUCAAUCCAGCUGUGUGAUGAUGCAAAGAAAACUCAACCCUCGGAUAGGAUUUUAAAGUUUCGCAGCUGGCAAAGCCUUGUAAUAAAUUUCAAAAAUGUUACCCACAUGUUGGGAUUUCUUUGUAUACAAUCACACACAAGUUAAAGAUUCAAUAAGUCUAGAUCUAGUUGUUCAUAUACAAACUCAGCACUUUUUGCUGAGUUUGUUUGGAAGAAGAAUGGUUUUUAAUAUUAGUUUCAUUAUCAAGUUCUGUAACUGUGAUUCAUAGAAAAUAAAUGUAUAUCAUUUAUGACGAAUAAUAUACGUAUAGUAAUUUUUUGUACCCCAGGUUAUACAAUCAUGUGUAUUGAUAAUAUUAGAAAAUCAUUUUAUGAUCGGUAUGUAUACAUAGUGAUUAGUACCAUAUGAUGAUGGCUGGGAAUGGAUUAAGGUAUGUCCUUUUGAUAAGGUAUGUACUGAUAUCAAAAACAGUAUUUAGUUCAACAAAUCCUCAGGAUCUACCCUUGUUUUCAUGUGUUCCGAUCAACAGGAUAUUUUAACCUGUUUUUGUCACUAGUCUGCAAUUUUGGCUUAUAUGUGCCAGACAGUAAUACAAUAAGAUGAUAUGUUCUGUAGUUUGUUUACUAUUCUCUGUUCCUUUGUCAUGUGUGUAGUCCAUGUAGAUAUAGUAUAUCCACCAUCAAGUGAGCUGUGUAGGCUACAAUGAAAUGAAGAAACAGCGAUAUCAGACCUGUACACCAUGUGACUAGAAUCACAUGCCACCUUAAAGAGAAUUAUUUGCUAUUACUUAUUAGUUACCUUUUGUAUUUUCCUUGUUCAUCUCAAAGAUAAUUUUCAAGGGAUUUUCAAUUUCUAAAAUUUACGAGGGAUUUUCAAUUUCUAUAUUUUUCGGGGGAUUUUCAAUUUCUAUAAUUUUCGAGGGAGUUUCAAUUUCUAUAAUUUUCGAAGGAGUUUCAAUUUUUAUAAUUUUCGAGGGAGUUUCAAUUUCUAUAAACUGUCAUUUGGUGUUUCUUUACUUGGGUUACAUUAUAUGCUUGUGAUUGGGAUCUACUUUUUUUAGUAUUUUUGUUGCAAGAAAUAUAUUUAGACUAGCAAUGUAACACAUUUUCUUUAUUAACAAAACUGACAACUAAUCCUCCAUUAAUGUUGGUUUCCCAGGGUCAAGAAUUUAAUGUUAAGGAAAAUACAUGUCAAUCUUUUGAGAAAGAACAACAUACACCAGUCAGCUCAUUAAUUGUGCAAUAUUGAUACAUAUGUAGGUGUAUCAUCUGUUUUGCUUUUAUUGAUUAGAGGUACAUCUAUCCAAGUGCUCAUUAAUAGGUGAUACCUUAUUCAUACCUGAUUACAGAAGAAAUGUCAAUGCAUUGAGUACAUUCCUUAAAAUUCAUGUAAGAAUAUUUGUAUUCAGGACCAACAUCUUAUUAGAAAUCCAUUCUAAUCCAUCACCGGUAAGCAUUAUUACAUAGACUUGUACCUAGGUUUUCAACCUUGUUAGUUUUGUAAGUUGUUUUUCCACUUUUGAAGGAACACUCUAUAUUUUAUUAUUUAGAGCGAAUUUUUUUAUACAAUGUAGUACUAACCCUAGCCAUAAUGUGGUGAAACAUGUCAAUUUCAGACGUAUGUGUAGAUGUUUUUGGCUACUGCCUUAUUAAUUCAUAUGAGAACAUCUAUAUGAGUCGGAGAGGAGUUCAUGGAAGGGGCGUUCUAGCAAAUAUAGAGAGACCAGAUUAUAUAUUUUCAGUACCAAGUAUGUCAUAUUAUUUAUAUUAAACUUUAACUGGACAAAGUCAAACUUUUAUUUACCCACAACUAAUAUUGUGGUAUAAAUUAUGAAUGCCAGAAUUAUCGACAGUUCAUCCUAUUCUGUAUCUGUCACAAAGUACAUGUAAUAUUCAAAGUACAGCUGACUAUUUCUGCCUGAAAUAUACAGUGUAUGUCCUUGAGCUUUGACAGAAGAUGGAGCUGCCUAAUUGCACACCUCUAGAUACACAAUAAUGACGCUCUGAAGUGGAAUGAUGCUAGAAUAUAUUUAUUUUGAUAUUCUGCUAGUCCCGUCCCCAGCCACCUCAGAAUCAAAUUUGUGUCCCAAAUCACAUUUUUCACAUGUUUCUUAUAGUCAUUUCAUCAGUUCUUGGUGAUGUUUGAUCGAAUGAAUCUUAUUUGUCAUUUCAGGAGUACUGAGUCGGAGUGAUGAAUGAAUGUAAAUUAAAUCUGAAACAUUUUUAAACACUUAUUAUCAGUAAACAUCUUCUAAUUAAGUCAAUUGUGUACGGUACUGUGACAGUUCUUAGAAUAGUUACAGGUAAUACCUUAGAGGGAGAGUGCCGAUAUAAGGCUUGUUUUUGAGAUUGGACAUUUAUUCAUUGAAUAAUCCUGCCUAUAAAGUAAAUGGAUACUAAUAAGUUAAACUACAGUAUUACCAUUGUCACUGUUUAGAAAUACUUAUUUUAAGUCUUUUAAAAGCUUUUAAGAAGUACUAUACCUUAAAAAAGCACAUAAUGCAAAAAAGCACAUAAUGCAAAACAGUUUUUGCAAAAUUACAGUUUGUGAUUCGGAUGUUUGAAAAUAACAGAAAAAGUUCAGAGGUCGAACUCAGGACUUUUAUAUACCAAUGCUACACAGUACCAAUGUCCACAAAUUAUAAAUGAACAUUUAUGGGCUGGAAAAUGAAGGAAAAAUAAAAAUAAGCUUAAAAAAUGCAUAACCAACAAAAAUUAAAUCAUUUGGUUGCUUCGUCUCCUAAAUAUAAGGGAGAUCACUAAAAAUACAACAACUCAUGACUAGAACUUUUCUCUAAGAUUAUAACUGAUAUGUAUAGUGCUACUCUUUACCUUAAAUGUUGAAAUUUUGAGAAAAUGUGAUUGUGUAGUACUGUAUAUCCAAGAAUGGUGAGGUGUUUGUUGUCAAAUUAUUUUGUGGUGAAACUGGUUCUAAAUGAUGUGGUUACUAUUAGACGUGACAUCUUAUGCAGCAAAUCCAGGGUAUACAGAUCUACAAGGAUCACGAUGGGGAUAUACAACUGUAUGCAAGUCUUUUAUAACAACUUUUGUUUUGGUAUGUAUAAAUCAUGUUAAACAAAUUUACAUGUUUGUAAGAAUUAAGCUACUUUAUAGCCUACAAAUCAUUUGUCACUGGGAAUUUAUGAAAUAAAUCAAUUGGAAAUGAA